GGGCGGUCCCGAUCCGCGCUGAGGGGGCGGCGUCUUCGCGCGGGAGGCGGGGAGGGACCGGCUGCCUUGCGCUGGCUGGCUGGCUCGCCCGGGCACCCGCGCGGCUCCUCCGCUGGGCUUUGGCAUCCGAGCGCCGGCCAUUGUGUGCCCGCAGCCGGGCUCUGCUGCCCCACCGAGGACGCCCGGUUUGGCUGUUUCCAAGGAGCGGCAGCACCUCUGAGCCUGCCUGUUGAGUGGGGCAAUGUCUUCCUCCGAUGAAGAGACCCUCAGCGAGAGGUCAUACCGGAGUGAGCGGUCAUGCAAGAGUGAACGGUCCUACCGAAGUGAGAGGUCUGGAAGCCUGUCUCCCUGCCCACCAGGGGACACCUUGCCCUGGAAUUUACCCCUCCAUGAGCAGAAGAAGAGGAAGAGUCAGGACUCUGUGCUAGACCCGGCAGAAAGAGCUGUUGUCAGAGUAGCUGAUGAACGGGAUCGAGUCCAGAAAAAGACCUUCACCAAAUGGGUGAACAAGCACCUGAUGAAGGUGCGCAAGCACAUCAACGACCUCUACGAGGACUUGCGGGAUGGCCACAACCUCAUCUCUUUGUUGGAGGUCCUUUCGGGCGUCAAAUUGCCCCGGGAGAAGGGCCGGAUGCGGUUCCACCGAUUACAGAAUGUGCAAAUUGCCCUUGACUUCCUGAAGCAGCGACAGGUGAAGCUGGUGAACAUUCGCAACGAUGACAUCACAGACGGGAACCCAAAGCUGACCUUGGGGCUUAUCUGGACGAUUAUCUUGCACUUCCAAAUCUCUGACAUCUACAUCAGUGGCGAGUCUGGAGACAUGUCCGCCAAAGAGAAGCUCCUCCUGUGGACCCAGAAAGUGACGGCAGGUUAUGUGGGGCUGAAGUGCACCAACUUCUCUUCCUGCUGGAGUGAUGGAAAAAUGUUCAACGCUAUUAUUCACAGAUACAGGCCAGAUCUUGUGGAUAUGGAAAGGGUGCAGAUUCAGAGUGGCCGAGAGAACCUGGAACAGGCCUUUGAGAUUGCUGAGCGGCUUGGGGUCACCAGAUUGCUGGAUGCAGAAGAUGUGGAUGUCCCCUCACCAGAUGAAAAGUCUGUGAUAACUUAUGUGUCUUCAAUUUAUGAUGCCUUUCCCAAAGUCCCAGAGGGAGGAGAAGGGAUCAGUGCCACCGAAGUGGACACACGGUGGCUCCAAUAUCAGAACCAGGUGGAAUCGCUCGUCUCUUGGAUCAAGCAGCACACGAUAAUGAUGUCUGACAAAUCUUUUCCCCAAAACCCUGUAGAGCUUAAGGCACUUUAUAAUCAGUACAUACACUUCAAAGAAACAGAGAUCCCAGCGAAACAGCAAGAAAAAAGAAGUAUUGAGGAACUGUAUAAACUGCUGGAGACUUGGAUUGAAUUUGGCCGCAUUAAGCUGCCCCAGGGAUAUCAUCCCAACGAUGUGGAGGAAGCAUGGGGCAAGCUCAUAGUAGAGAUGUUGGAGCGUGAGAAGUUACUACGGCCAGCAGUGGAAAGGUUGGAAUUGCUGCUACAGAUUGCAAACAGAAUUCAGAAUGGGACUCUCAGCUGUGAAGAAAAACUCACCCUGGCAAGAAACACACUGCAGGCGGAUAAAGCACACCUGGAGGCAGGUCAACUGGUGCAGUAUGAAUCUGACGUCGUCAUGUACCUCCAGGAGUGUGAAGGGCUCAUCCGCCAACUCCAAGCAGAUGUUCAGAUACUCCGGGAUGAAAACUACUACCAGCUGGAGGAGCUUGUCUUCAAGAUUGUCCGGCUUCAAGAUGAGCUUGUUACCCUGAGGUUGGAAUGUACCAAUCUUUACCGGAAGGGGCACUUUUCUUCCCCAUCCUCCCGGGACCUGCUGCAGCCUUCCUCCUUGAACACCAUGCACCUUAAGGCCGAACCCUUGCUGAAGGGAACGCACACAUCCACCACUGCCUCUACCUCCUGGUUCCGGAAGCCAAUGACCCGCACCGAGCUGGUGGCCAUUUCGUCCUCGGAAAAUGAGGGCAGCCUCCGGUUUGUGUACGAGCUGCUCUCUUGGGUGGAAGAGAUGCAGAUGAAGCUGGAGCGGGCUGAAUGGGGAAGUGACUUACCGAGUGUGGAAUCUCAGCUGGAGGUGCAGAGGCAUGUCCAUACCAACGUAGAAGACCUGGGCUCCAGUGUGAAAGAGGCCAGGAUGUACGAGGGUAAAAUGUCCCAGAAUUUUCGUACUAGUUACAGAGAGACGCUGGCUAAGCUGGAGACUCAGUACUGCAAGCUGAUGGAGACAUCCAGCUUCCGACUGCGCCACCUCCAGAGCUUAUACGGGUUUGUGUCUCAAGCCACCACAGAGUUAAUUUGGCUAAAUGAAAAGGAAGAAGAGGAGCUGGCCUACGACUGGAGUGACAACAACCCAAAUGUGGCAGCCAAGCGGAACUAUUUCUCAGAGCUCACAAUGCAGCUAGAGGAGAAGCAGGAUGUGUUCCGCUCCCUGCAGGACACGGCUGAGCUGCUAUCAUUGGAGAAUCACCCAGCCAAGCAGACUGUGGAGGCUUACAGUGCAGCAGUGCAGACUCAGUGGCAGUGGAUCAAACAGCUGUGCUUGUGUGUGGAUCAGCAUGUGACGGAAAACACAGCUUACUUCCAGUUUUUCAGCGACGCCCGGGAUUCAGAAGGGUACUUGAAGAGCUUGCAAGACACUAUUAAAAGGAAGUAUUCUUGUGACCGUAACACCAGUUUGACCCGCUUGGAGGACCUACUCCAGGAUUCCAUGGAUGAAAAGGAGCAGCUGAUCCAGUCCAAGAGUUCCGUUGCCAGUUUGGUGGGCAGGUCCAAAACCGUUGUCCAGCUGAAGCCACGAAACCCUGACCAUGUUUUGAAGAACACCAUCUCUGUAAAGGCAGUCUGCGACUAUCGCCAGAUUGAGAUAACCAUCUGCAAAAAUGAUGAAUGUGUUCUGGAAGACAAUUCCCAGCGGACCAAAUGGAAAGUGAUCAGCCCCACAGGGAAUGAGGCCAUGGUCCCUUCUGUUUGUUUCUUGAUUCCCCCACCCAACAAAGAGGCCAUUGAUGUUGCCAGCAGAGUGGAACAGCUAUAUCAGAAAGUGAUGGCGCUGUGGCACCAGCUUCAUGUCAACAUGAAGAGCCUUGUCUCCUGGAACUAUUUGUGGAAGGACAUCUCUCAGGUGCAGAGCUGGAAUGUGGAGAAGCUCAGGGUCUUGCCCUUGGUAGAGUGCCACCAGUCCAUGAGGAAUCUGCAGGUGCACUACACAGACUUCCUGGAGGACAGUCGGGAUUCAGAACUCUUCUCUGUGACCGACCGGCUGCGCCUGGAGGAGGAGGUAGAGGCGUGCAAAGAGCGUUUCCAGCAGCUUCUCCAGUCGAUGGAAAACGAGGACAAAGAUGAGACCACUGCUCGAACGUACCUGUCUGAACUGAAGAACAUCCGCAUUCACCUGGAUGAAUGUGAGCAGCGGCUGGUUGGGACCAUCCGGACGCCGAGCAGCACCAGGACGGAUGGGGAUGCUUUGCAGGAGAACACUUUCCGGAUCGCUGAGCAGCAACGAUUGAAGGAGGAUUUGAAUCAUUUGAAGGAUGACGUGGAACAGCUUUCUGAGAGAUGCAGCAUUUUCCUGCAUAAAUCUCCAACAGGGUCCAGCGCCCCACACCUUCGCUCCGAGCUUAACCUGCUGGUAGAGAAGAUGGAUCACAUCUAUGGGCUUUCAUCCGUCUACCUGGACAAGCUGAAAACUGUGGAUGUCAUCAUUCGGAACACACAAGGAGCUGAGUCCCUGGUCAAAGGGUACGAGGUUAAAUUGAGUCAAGAAGAGGCUGUUCCUGCAGAUCUGGAUGCUAUUCGGUCUCACCAAGCUGCCUUACAGCAAUGGGUCAGAGAAAUGAAUGAGAAGAACACGGUCUUUGCAACAUUGGAAGAUGACUUGUCGAGAGCAAAAGUGGUGGCCGAUCAGCUGUUCUCUCUAAAGCAGGAACGCAGCCCUGACGUGGAGCGCUACCAGGAGAAAAGCGCACAGCUUUGGGAUCGCUGGCAGAGGGCCAGCAUGCAGCUUGAGACUCGCCAAUCCGAACUGGAGAGCAUUGAGGAAGUGCUAAGUACUUACCGGAGCUGUCAUGGGGCACUCAUCCAGUGGAUCGAGGAGACCACAGCCCAGCAGGAGCGGAUGAAACCUGGACAAGCAGAAGACAGCAGGGUCCUCUCUGAGCAGCUGAGCCAACAAAUGGCCCUGUUUGCUGAAAUAGAGGGAAAUCAAACCAAGCUGGAUCAGUGUCAGAGACUCUCUCAGCAAUAUUCAGCUGCUGUCAAGGACUAUGAACUUCAGCUUAUGACGUAUUGUGCUUUUGUGGAGUCGCAGCAGAAGUCUCCUGUAAAGCGCCGGCGCGUCCUUUCUUCCUCAGAUGCCAUCACACAGGAGUUUAUGGAUUUACGGACACGCUAUACAGCCCUGGUCACCUUGACAACACAGCACGUAAAGUAUAUCAGUGAUGCUCUACGGCGCCUGGAAGAGGAAGAAAAAGUGGUAGAGGUGGAAAAGCAGGAGCAUGUGGAUAAAGUGAAAGAACUCCUGGGAUGGGUCGCAGGUUUCAAGCACUGUGCACAGUUCAAAAGCAUCACUCCCAACAGCAAAGAAUUGGGAGAUAUUGAGAAGUCCAUUGUUGAGCAGCAGGUUCUAAGUGAAGAACUAGGCUCAAAGAAGGAGCAAGUCUCGGAAGCUGUCAAAACCACCCAGAUCUUCCUUGCAAAGCAUGGCCACAAGCUAUCUGGCCAGGAGAAGGAGCAGAUUGUGACUCAGUUGAGUGCCCUGAAGGAGACAUAUGACCAGCUGUGCAAUGACUCCACAGAACAGCUCCAGCAACUUCACAGCCACAUGGCCCAGGAGACAGCACAUAAGACACUGCAGGAGCAGCAAGCUAUACGCAGCCAGAAGCUGGAAGAGUUGUGCACCUGGAUGAGUCAGGCUGAGACGUGCUUGAGGGGUUCUCAGCAGUCAGCGACUGAAGGGGACCUCCCCACGCUGCAACGAAGACGGGGUGAAGUUAAAGAUCUGCAGAGGAGCAUGAACAGUCGGACAGCAUCCUUUGCGAGUGUCUUGAAAGCAACGGAAGAGUUCCUGGAGGAGAACCGGACCAAGCUGGAUCCAAGGGAGCUGGCAUCCCUGCAAGACAAGCUCCAGGAGGCUAAGGAGCAGUACCAGUCCCUGCAGGAGAGAACAGAGGCAGCCCAGCAGGAGUUGGAGGAUGCUGUGAAGACUGUGGAGCAGCAGCAAACAGAAAAGGACAGAGCUGCCAAAGACCUGGAAGAAAACCAGCAUAAGAUUGAUUCCCUUUUGCAUUGGAUGGCAUCCCUGGAGCAGCCUAGGGUGAUCGCAGAAAACAAAUUGCACUCCAUGGGGCAAGCAAAUGGUGGGCAUAGAGAAGGAAGAGUCCUAGAUGUUCCCGAUGGCCAGUGGAUGAAGGCAGGUGGAGCAGAAGAGGAUCUCAGUUUCCACUAUGAGAACUUGAAGGUCCGGCACCAACAGCUCCUAUCUCAGCAGCAAGAUGUCAUUCUGGCCACUCAGUCAGCCCAGGCCUUUCUGGACAAGCAAGGCCACACUCUGAGGCCAGAGGAGAAGCAAAAGCUGCAGGGGAGGCUGGAGGAGCUGAGGACCCAGUACGCCACAGCCAUGUCCCAAUCAGAGACGCAACUGAAGCAAGCUCAGGCACUCCAGGACGAGCUGCAGAAGUUUCUGCGGGACAGCGGGGAGUUCGAGGCCUGGCUGGAACAGGCGGAGCAAGAACUGAAGAGGAUGCACGGGGCUGAUGGGAGCCUGGAGAGCCUGCAGUCGACGCUUCGCUGGCAGAGCGGCUUCUCUGAAGACGUGAUCUCUCAUAAGGGGGACCUGCGGUUUGUGACCAUGUCAGGGCAGAAAGUGCUGGAUGCGGAGAAGGUGGCGGCAGCUGUUGGUAAGCCUCUAGGACCUGAGGUUUUAGCCACUGGAACGCUUGUCAAGAACAAGUUGGAUGAUGCCACCAAGAGAUAUGGCGUUCUGCACUCCAAGUGCACUUCACUGGGCUCCCAUCUGAACAUGGUGCUGGAUCGCUCUAAGAAAUUUCAGGAUGUCUCAGAAUCUCUCCGGACGUGGUUGCGAGAGAGCGAAGAAACUGUCUCGAACCUUCUUUCAGAACCCAUCUCUUCUGAUCCAGCUGUUUUGCAGAAGCAGCUGGCCAAUGCCAAAAGUCUCCAGGAAGACCUUGCAGAGCAUCAGGUGCCCAUGAAGCAGCUGGAGAAGGCCAUGCGUUCGCUCUUGGAGAUACAGGAAGCCCCCUCUACACCUGACCACCGAGUCAUUCAACAAACCACUGAUUCCAUCGUAAGCCGUUUCCAGAGUCUGUCCUGCCGGAUGGCCGAGCAUUCGGACCUCUUGCAGAAAUCCAUUGCCCAGUCGCAGAGUGUCCAGGAGGGGCUGGAGACCCUCCUUCAGUCCAUGGCGGAGAUCGAAAGGAGCCUCCAAAAGAGUGACGUAGCUUCUUUCUCAUCCUCCUCCGUCCAGGAGUCCCUUGCCACAAACAUGAAGUUGAAGCAGGACAUUGCCAGGCAAAGGAGCAGCCUGGAAGCCACGCAGGAGAUGGUGGCCCGGUUUGCAGCAACGUCGGACAGUAGCACGGCAGCAGCCCUGCAGACCAAGCUAGCGGAGGUGACCGAACGCUUCGACCGCCUGCGGAGCCAGCAGCAAGAGAAGGAGGAUGCUCUGAAGGACCUUCUGCCCAAGGUGGAGCAGUACGAGCAGCUCUCGGAGAAACUGCAGCAGUUCAUGGAGAGCAGAAGUCGCCUGCUGGCCUUGGGGAACCAGCCAGAUCAUGAUAUUGCUCACUUCUCUCAACAAAUCCAGGAACUGAAUUCCGAGAUGAUGCAGCACCAAGAAGACCUUGAGACACUGGAACGCGUAUCUGCAGAGCUGAACUCUUGUGGUUUUGUGGUAGCAACCUCUCCCCAGCACCAGGAGAAGGUGCGCAGUUUGCGGAAAGACUUCCUGCAACUGCAGAAAGCUGCAAAAGAGAGAGAGAAAGGUGCAUCAUCGUGUCAGGAACAGUUGGACGAGUUCCGAAAGCUUGUUGGAUCCAUCCGGAAGUGGCUGAAAGAAACAGAAAGGAACAUCCCAGCCGUCGAAACCUCUUUGGGCACCCAUGAGUUGGAGAAGAGGCAGCAGCAAGUUGAGCUUCUCUUGGACGAAUGGACGGAAAAGGGAGCUCUCGUGAGGGAUAUCAACUGUAGAGGGACAGCCUUGGAGAGUUUGAUAGUUGAAAUUACAGCUCCUGAUGCACAAUCCAAAACAGGUUCUGUGGUGGCCACUGCAGGAAGUUCUGUAGGCAGUGUGAAUGGAUAUCACACCUGCAAAGAUUUGACCGAGAUCCAGUGUGACGUCUCAGAUGUGAACCAGCACUAUGAAGGCCUUGGCAUUGCUUUACGGGAGCGCCAGGAAGAUCUGUCCACCAUGUUGGCAAAAAUGAGGGACGCCCAGGAAGAGGCGGGCUCUGUGCUGAAGUGGCUGGAGUCCAAGGAGCAAGCCUUGUCGGCACCGGAAGGGUCCUCCUCACUCACAAAGACAGAGGCAAUGAAAGCUCAAGCAGAUCGUAACAAAGCAUUUCUGUCUGAGUUGGAGCAGAACUCUGAGAAAGUUCACAAGGCUAAAGAAAAUCUCUCUGGACUCCUGGAGAAAUAUCCUGAAUCCCCAGAAGUUGGAACCUGGAAGAGACUGCUGGAAGACCUAAAUUCCACAUGGGCCCACGUUAACCAGGUGACGGUGGAGCGGCAGCAGAAGCUGGAGAAGUCGGCCAGUGAGCUGGCUAGCUUCCAGGUCGCCGAAGGCCAGUUGCGGCCCUGGUUGAUGGAGAAGGAGCUCAUGAUGAGUGUGCUGGGACCACUCUCCAUCGAUCCCAACAUGCUGAGCACACAGAAACAGCAAGUUCAGUUCAUGCUGAAAGAAUUUGAAGCUCGCAAGCCCCAGUAUGAUCAGCUGAACAAGGCGGCCCAAGGAAUCCUCGCCAGCCCUCAUGAGGCGUCCCCGUCCACUGACCGCAUGCAGGACGAUCUCCAGGCCAUCAACCAGAAGUGGACUGAGCUCACAGAACGGCUUAACUCCCGUUCCAGCCAAAUCAACCAGGCCAUUGUCAAGAGCACCCAGUAUCAAGAACUGCUUCAGGAGCUGUCUGAAAAGGUGAAGGCUGCCGGGCAGCGGGUGAGUGGUCAGUCUGCCAUCAGCACGCAGCCAGAGGCUGUGAAGCAGCAGCUGGAAGAAAUGAGUGAGAUCCGGUCCGAUCUGGGGCAGCUGGAAAAGGAGAUCACCGAAGCUCAAGUGCUUUGUGAAGAGCUGUCUGACCUCAUUGGAGAACAGUACCUGAAGGAGGAGCUGAAGAAGCGCUUGGAAACUGUGGCCCUCCCCCUCAAAGGCUUGGAGGACUUGGCAGGGGACCGAAUGAACCGUCUGCAGAUGGCACUUGCAAGCUCUCAGCAGUUUCAGCAGAUGUUUGAUGAGCUCCGUGCUUGGCUAGACGACAGACUGAGGCAGCAGGCCCAGAGCAGCCUGAUCUCAGCCAAGCUGGAGAGGCUACAGUCUCAGAUCCAGGAACAAGAAGACUUCCAGAAGAGCCUCAACCAGCACAGUGGUUCCUAUGAAAUGAUUGUAGCAGAGGGUGAAUCUUUGCUGCUAUCCAGUCAUCCUGGGGAGGAAAAAGCCAAUUUGCAAAGCCAGCUAGUGAAUCUGAAAGCAUCCUGGGAGGAGCUUAGCAAGCAAAUAGCCAGCCGGCACUCCAGACUCAAAGAUUGCUUGCAGAAGGCUCAAAAAUACCAGCGUCAUGUUGAGGACCUUUUCCCAUGGGUGGAGGAUUGCCAGUCAAAGAUGUCUGAGUUGGAAGUCACCCUGGAUCUAGUGCAGCUGGAAGCCGCUCUCCUGAGGUCAAAGGCUCUGCUGACCGAUGUGGAAAAACGGCGCUCUCUUUUGGAGAUGCUGAACAGUGCAGCAGACAUCCUCAUCAACGCAUCCCAAAUGGAUGAAGAUGAUGUUCGAGAUGAGAAAGCGAGGAUCAACCAGAAGAUGGAUGCCAUUACCGAAGAGCUUCAUGCAAAGACUGGGUCCCUUGAAGAAAUGUCACAAAGGCUUAAGGAGUUCCAAGAAAACUUUAGAAACAUUGAGAAGAAGCUGGAAGGGACAAAGCACCAGCUGGAAAUCUAUGAGGCUCUAGGCCCUCAGGCUUGCAGCAAUAAGAACCUGGAGAAACUGAGAGCCCAACAGGAGGUUCUCCAGGCACUGGAACCCCAGGUGGAUUAUCUGAAGAACUUCACUCGAGGUCUGGUAGAAGAUGCUCCGGACGGAUCUGACUCUUCCCAUCUGUUAAGCCAGGCUGAGGUUGCCCAGCAAGAAUUCAAAGUUGUCAGGGAGAAAGUCAAUGAAUGUUGCAUACUGAUGGAGAGCAAGCUCGAAGGGAUUGGGCAGUUUAAUAACCAUGUCCGGGAGUUGUUCUCUCAGCUGGCUGAUCUCGAUGACGAAUUGGAUAGCAUGGGCCCCAUUGGGAGAGACAUAGACAGCCUUCAGUCCCAAGCAGAAGAUGUCCAUGAAUUCUUGACCAAGCUUCAGAGGCUGAAGAUAGACAUCCAAGCUUCCGAAGAGAAUUGCAGGCAGAUGUUGGAGGACGAAGGGAGCCCUGAUUUAAUAGGGCUGAAACGUGAGCUGGAGACCUUAAGUAAGCAGUGCGGCAAGUUGACCGAAAGGGGCAGAACUCGCCUGGAACAGGUGGAAAUGACGUUGACGCGUGUCAAAGACUUCUACAAUCAACUGAAGGAGCUGAACCACAUGACGGCCACCGCGGAAGAGAACGAAGCAUUGCAGUGGGUGGUGGGGACAGAAGUGGAGACAAUCAAACAGCAGCUUACAGAUUUCAAGGCGUUCCAGAAGGAGCAAGUCGACCCACUUCAGCUGAAAUUGCAGCAAGUCAACGGGCUUGGGCAGGGACUCAUCCAGAGCGCAGGGAAGAAUUGUGACGUUCAGGGACUGGAACAUGACAUGGAAGACAUCAAUGCCCGCUGGAACACCCUCAACAAGAAGGUGGCUCAGAGAAUUGCCCAGCUGCAGGAAGCCCUAUUGCAUUGUGGGAAAUUCCAAGAUGCCUUGGAGCCUCUGCUCAGCUGGUUGGCUGACACCGAGGAACUCAUCUCCAAUCAGAAGCCUCCAUCGGCAGAGUACAAAGUGGUGAAGGCUCAGAUCCAGGAGCAGAAGCUGCUCCAGCGCCUCCUGGAUGAUCGGAAAGCUACUGUCGAGAUGAUUGAAGCAGAAGGUGGAAGAAUAGCACAGUCAGCUGAGCCAGUGGACAGGGAGAAGAUAAUUGGGCAACUGGAGAGUCUUGGAAGCCGCUGGGCAGGCCUCCUCAGCAAGGCCUCAGCCAGGCAAAAUCAGUUGGAGGAGAUCUUGGUUUUGGCCAAGCAGUUCCACGAGUCGUCGGAACCCAUCUCUGACUGGCUGUCUGUGACAGAAAAGAAAUUAGCCAACUCGGAGCCCAUUGGGACGCAGACUGCCAAAAUCCAGCAGCAGAUCAGCCGGCAUAAGGCGCUAGAGGAAGAGAUAGAGGGCCAAGCUGUGGCUGUGGCUCAGGCCGUCGAGACUGGGCAGUCUCUGGCCUCUCUAAGCUGCAGAGCCGAGCGGGCCUUGCUGGCAGACAAACUGGACCUGCUGGAGUCUCGCUAUGACGAGAUUUGUGACCGGUGCGGCCGGAAGGCUGCCCUUCUGGAUCAAGCCUUGGCUAACGCCCGGCUCUUUGGGGAAGACGAGGUGGAGGUGCUCAACUGGCUAGCGGAGGUUGAGGACAAGCUCAUCUCGGUGUCCGUCAAGGAUUACCAGCGGGAUGUCCUGCAGAAGCAGCAUGCCGAGCAGCUGACCUUGAACGAUGAGAUCCUGAACCGCAAGAAGAACGUAGACCAGGCCAUUAAGAACGGACAAGCCCUUCUGAAACAAACCACAGGGGAGGAAGUGCUUCUCAUCCAGGAGAAACUGGAUGGCAUCAAGACCCGUUACUCGGACAUCACCGCCGCCAGCUCAAAGGCUCUCCGCACGCUGGAGCAGGCCCGGCAGCUGGCCACGAAGUUCCAGGCCACGCACGAGGAGCUGACUGGCUGGAUGAGUCAAGUGGAGGAAGAGCUGGCCUCUGGCGGAGGGUACUCCCCCACUGGGGAACAGAUCCCGCAGUUCCAGCAAAGGCAAAAGGAGCUAAAGAAGGAAGUGAUGGAGCAUAGGCUUAUUCUGGAUACCGUGAACGAAGUGAGCCGGGCCCUGCUGGAACUGGUGCCCUGGCGUGCCCGCGAAGGCUUGGAUAAGCUUGUCUCUGACACCAACGAACGGUACAAGCUGAUCAACGACACCAUCAAGCAAAGGGUGGAAGAAAUAGAUGCUGCAAUACAAAGGUCCCAGCAGUAUGAGCAAGCAGCAGAUGCAGAACUUGCUUGGGUUGCAGAGACCAAGCGGAAGCUGAUGGCUCUCGGUCCGAUCCGCCUGGAACAAGACCAAACCACUGCACAGCUGCAGGUCCAGAAGGCAUUUUCUAUUGACAUAAUUCGGCACAAAGAUUCAGUGGAUGAGCUGUUCAGUCAGCGCAGUGAAAUCUUCAGCACUUGUGGGGAGGAGCAGAAAGCCCAGCUACAGGAGAAGACAGAGUCUCUCGCAAACCAGUAUGAUGAAGUCAGCCACCUCAAUUCAGAACGCUACGCCCGCCUGGAGCGGGCCCAAGUCUUGGUGAACCAGUUCUGGGAGACGUACGAAGAGCUCAGCCCAUGGCUGGAAGAGACGCAAGCCUUGAUUGGGCAGCUGCCUCCACCAGCCAUUGACCAUGAACAUCUCAAGCAGCAGCAGGAAGACAUGAGGCAACUGAGGGAGUCCAUUGCUGAGCACAAACCCCACAUAGACAAGCUGCUGAAAAUCGGGCCACAGCUGAAGGAAUUAAACUCAGAGGAAGGGGAAAUGGUGCAGGAGAAAUACUCUCUGGCUGAGGCCACGUACUCUCGCAUCAAAGAGGAAGUCCGCCAACGGGCCCUUGCGCUGGAUGAGGCCAUCUCACAGUCAACCCAGAUUGCGGAGUUCCAUGACAAGAUCGAGCCAAUGCUGGAGACGUUGGAGAAUCUCUCAUCCCGCCUGCGCAUGCCCCCACUGAUCCCAGCAGAGGUCGAAAAGAUUCGUGAGUGCCUCAGCGACAACAAAAAUUCCACGAUGGAGCUAGAAAAGCUGCAGCCAUCCUUCGAAGCUCUGAAACGCCGUGGGGAAGAGCUGAUCGGGCGAUCCCAAGGAGCAGACAAGGACUUGGCCGCGAAAGUAAUCCAGGAAAAACUGGAUCAGAUGGUGUUUUUCUGGGAAGACAUCAAAGCUCGGGCUGAGGAACGUGAAAUCAAGUUCCUGGAUGUCUUGGAACUGGCAGAGAAGUUCUGGUACGAUAUGGCUGCCCUCCUGACCACCAUCCGAGAUACCCAGGACAUCGUCCAUGACCUGGAGAGUCCCGGGAUUGACCCAUCCAUCAUCAAGCAGCAGGUGGAAGCUGCAGAGACAAUCAAGGAGGAAACGGAUGGUUUACAUGAAGAACUGGAAUUCAUCCGGAUCCUGGGGGCUGAUCUGAUUUUCGCCUGUGGUGAGACAGAAAAGCCAGAAGUGAAGAAAAGUAUUGAUGAGAUGAACAAUGCUUGGGAAAACCUGAACAAAACCUGGAAGGAGAGACUGGAGAAGCUGGAGGAGGCCAUGCAGUCGGCGGUGCAGUAUCAGGACACGUUGCAGGCUAUGUUCGACUGGCUGGACAACACGGUGAUUAAACUCUGCAACAUGCCGCCGGUGGGCACUGACCUCAACACUGUCAAAGAGCAGCUGAAUGAAAUGAAGAUGGAGAAAAAAACCCGCUGUUCUUAUUUCAUCUUCCACAAAUAGCACAAACUGGAAGGCGCUUUGCUGGCCCUCGGCCAAUUUCAACAUGCCUUGGCCGAACUGGUGGCGUGGUUGACACACACGGAAGAAUUAUUGGAUUCCCAGAGGCCUAUUAAUGGUGACCCGAAAGUCAUUGAGGUGGAGCUGGCAAAACACCAUGUGCUGAAAAAUGAUGUGUUGGCCCACCAAUCUACAGUGGAGACGGUGAACAAAGCUGGCAAUGAGCUCCUGGAAUCCAGUGCCGGCGAUGAUGCCAGCAGCCUCCGGAAUCGACUGGAGAUGAUGAAUGCCUGUUGGGAGUCAGUGCUGCAGAAGACCGAAGAACGAGAACAGCAAUUGCAGAGGACUCUUCAGCAGGCUCAGGGUUUCCACGGUGAAAUUGAAGACUUCAUCCUGUGGCUCACGAGGAUGGAGAGCCAGCUGUCGGCAUCCAAACCAACAGGCGGGUUGCCAGAAACUGCCCGGGAGCAACUGAGUGCCCAUUUGGAGCUGUAUGCCCAGUUUAAAGCCAACGAGGAGGUCUAUAGCCAGCUCUUGGCAAAGGGGCGACUGAUGCUUCUGAGUCGGGAUGACUCUGGAUCCGGAUCGAAGACAGAACAAAGUGUGGCCCUCCUGGAACAGAAGUGGGGCCUCAUCAGUACAAAGAUGGAAGAGAGAAAGUCCAAGCUGGAAGAGGCACUAAAUUUGGCCACUGAGUUCCAGAACUCCCUCCAGGAUUUCAUCAACUGGCUGACCCUUGCUGAGCAGAGCUUGAACUUGGCCCCUCCGCCCAGCCUUAUCCUCAGCACCGUGCUGUCACAGAUAGAGGAUCACAAGGUCUUUGCAAAUGAAGUCAAUGCGCACCGGGACCAGAUUAUCAGCUUGGAUCAAACUGGGAACCAUCUGAAAUUCCUGAGUCAGAAACAGGAUGUUGUCUUGAUCAAGAACCUCUUAGUCAGCGUCCAGUCACGUUGGGAGAAGGUCGUCCAGCGUUCAGUUGAGAGGGGACGGGCUCUGGAUGAUGCUCGCAAGCGGGCAAAACAGUUCCACGAAGCUUGGAAGAAGCUGGUCGACUGGUUGGAAGAUGCAGAGAAUCAUCUGGACUCUGAGCUGGAAAUUUCUAACGAUCCUGACAAGAUCAAGCUGCAACUCUCCAAGCACAAGGAGUUCCAAAAAACUCUAGGUAGCAAACAGCCUGUCUAUGACACCACAAUUAGGACAGGCAGAGCCUUGAAGGAGAAAGCUCAGUUUCCAGAUGACACCCAAAGCCUAGAUCAUCUUCUCGGGGAAGUCCGAGACAAAUGGGACACCGUGUGCGGCAAAUCUGUGGAAAGGCAGCACAAACUGGAAGAGGCAUUGCUUUUCUCCGGGCAGUUCAUGGAUGCCUUGCAAGCUUUGGUGGACUGGCUGUACAAGGUGGAGCCACAGUUAGCUGAAGACCAGCCAGUGCAUGGGGACCUGGAUCUGGUCAUGAACUUAAUGGAUGCCCACAAGGUUUUUCAAAAGGAGCUCGGCAAGCGAACAGGCACGGUGCAGGUACUGAAACGUUCUGGACGGGAGUUGAUUGAGAAUAGCCGUGACGACACCACGUGGGUGAAGGUGCAGCUGCAAGAGCUGAGCAACCGCUGGGACACCGUCUGCAAGAUGUCUGUCUUGAAGCAAACCCGGCUGGAGCAGGCCUUGAAACAGGCUGAGGAGUUCCGGACCGCUGUCCACAUACUGCUAGAGUGGCUCUCUGAAGCAGAGCAGACCCUCCGCUUCCGAGGGGCUUUGCCUGAUGACACCGAAGCUCUGCAGGCACUCAUUGAUGUACACAAGGAGUUCAUGAAGAAAGUGGAAGAGAAAAGGAUGGACGUGAACUCUGCCGUGGCAAUGGGGGAGGUCAUCUUAGCUGUGUGCCACCCCGACUGUGUCACCACCAUCAAACACUGGAUAACCAUCAUCCGGGCCCGGUUUGAGGAGGUUCUCACGUGGGCGAAGCAGCAUCAACAACGCCUUGAGGCGGCGCUCUCAGAAUUGGUGGCCAAUGCUGAACUUCUGGAGGAACUCUUGGGGUGGAUUCAGUGGGCUGAGACCACGCUGAUCCAGCGGGAUCAGGACCCAAUGCCGCAGAACAUAGAGCAAGUGAAAGCCCUCAUCGCAGAGCACCAGUCCUUCAUGGAAGAAAUGACUCGAAAGCAGCCAGAUGUUGACCGAGUCACAAAGACGUACAAGAGGAAAGCCACUGAGCCAACGCAUGGACCUUUCACUGACAAAUCCCGAAGCAAUCGGAAGUCCUUGAGCCAGACCACCCCUCCUCCCAUGCCCAUCCUCUCCCAAUCAGAAGCAAAGAACCCACGGAUCAACCAGCUGUCAGCCAGGUGGCAGCAGGUGUGGCUGCUGGCCCUGGAGCGUCAGCGCAAGCUCAACGAUGCCCUGGACCGGCUAGAAGAGUUGAAAGAGUUUGCAAACUUUGACUUUGAUGUCUGGCGGAAGAAGUACAUGCGCUGGAUGAAUCACAAGAAGUCACGUGUCAUGGACUUUUUCCGACGGAUUGACAAAGACCAGGAUGGGAAGAUCACCCGGCAGGAGUUCAUUGAUGGGAUUCUUGCAUCUAAAUUCCCCACAACUAAGUUAGAGAUGACUGCCGUCGCUGACAUCUUUGACCGUGACGGCGAUGGCUACAUCGACUACUAUGAGUUUGUAGCUGCUCUGCACCCCAACAAAGAUGCUUACCGGCCAACGACGGAUGCAGACAAAAUUGAGGAUGAGGUCACAAGGCAGGUGGCUCAGUGCAAAUGUGCUAAGAGGUUCCAAGUGGAGCAGAUUGGAGAGAACAAGUACAGGUUUGGCGAUUCACAGCAGCUGCGGCUGGUCCGUAUUCUGCGCAGCACAGUCAUGGUUCGUGUUGGUGGAGGAUGGAUGGCCCUGGAUGAAUUUUUAGUGAAGAACGAUCCUUGCAGAGCACGUGGAAGAACUAACCUCGAACUUCGAGAGAAAUUCAUUCUCCCAGAGGGAGCUUCUCAGGGAAUGGCGCCAUUCCGCUCCAGAGGUCGCAGGUCCAAGCCUUCCUCUCGGGCAGCUUCCCCGACACGAUCCAGUUCUAGUGCCAGCCAGAGUAAUCACAGCUGCGCUUCUAUGCCCUCCUCCCCGGCCACACCUGCCAGCGGGACAAAGGUUACUCCAUCUUCAAGUAGUAAACUGAAGCGACCCACUUUCCACUCGAGCAGAACUUCCCUCGCUGGUGAUACCAGCAACAGCUCCUCCCCAGCUUCUUCUGGGGCCAAAACUAACCGGGCAGAUCCUAAAAAAACCACCAGUCGCCCUACUAGCCGUGCUGGAAGCCGUGCAGGGAGUCGAGCCAGCAGCCGUCGAGGCAGCGAUGCCUCUGACUUUGACCUUCUGGAAACACAGUCGGCCUGCUCAGACACAUCAGAGAGCAGCGCAACAGGCGGGCAGAGCGGUUCCCGGCGGGGACUGGCCAAGCCCUCCAAAAUCCCAACCAUGUCCAAGAAAUCUGCCACUGCCACCCCCAAAACUCCAGGCCCCAAGAGAUAAUAGUGCAUUCUCACAUGUCCGCAUCUGCACACAGAGAAGAGAAACCUGUGUCCACUUUUUAAUCCUGCUUCAUACAUUGGAUGUAUAUUUAUUCUACACGGGAGAAAAUUAUAUUGUUAAAAAGUGUAAAAGAAUAAUUGUGUUAUGAAGCUGCCUUAUUUUGUUCUGUUUAUUUUUUUUCCUUUGUAAGUUACUAUUUUUUCAUGUGAAUAUUUAUGUAGAUAAAAAAAACUUGCCUUCUGGUGACCUUCUUUUGCGUUGGGGGGCCCAGGAAAACGAAUUGAAACGUGGAAGAGAAUACAAGCAAGCAAAAGGUCAUGAUGUGAAAAUGUAAGAAAAAAAGAAGCAAAAAAAAUUAUAAAUAGGAUUUCUGUGCAGGGCAGGAGACGAUCCUGCGUUAUCUUUUAGGAUUAUUUCCUAAAUGCAUCUUUAUAAAAACUUGACUUGCUGUCUCAGCAAGGUAAAUUAUAUUUAAAAAAAGCAACACCUGAAUAUCCAGCAGUGUUCAAGGAACUCGCUUUUUUCUUUUUCCUUUUCCUAAAUCAUGGAUACCUCAAAAAGAGAGAAAUGUGAGGUGAGGGGAUCUGGAACUUCUGUUUCCGAUUUUUAAUAGAAAAUCAUUGUGGUUUUACCUGAAGAUCACGUGGAGUGCGUUUGAAUAAAAUAAGUAAAACAAAAUUUUGCACAUGCUUUGUUUCUUACGAGGAAAGAAGUUCACUACAAGUGCUGCAUCUAGCAAAAUAAAAGUACUGUCAGCAGCUGAACUUUUAAAGAGCAACUAACCUUAUGUUUUGUGGGGGCUGCACUUAAUGGCUGUCAAGAAACAUCACCCUGGUGUGGUAAAUCUGGGGUGGGAUGGGGUUGCAAGAUGAUCUUUUAACAAGGGGACAAAAAGGGGGAGUUUUCGUGCCUCAUUCUCCUGUCUCGCCACUGUAAAAGACUGACCACUUUUUAAGUUCAUGAACUGCUAUUUAACUGCAUCGUUUCCUAUUUAUUGUCUCAACUGCGAAAAUUCCACGUCGGACCAGACUGACAUUUGCGGGUUCUCCACUCCAGAGAAGAAAAAGCUGACUUCCACGCGCAACCGUCGCUUGUUCUUGGAAAUGUUUCAGAGUAUCACCAGCAGCCCACUUGCUAGCAAGGCCCUGUCUUGCUUUUUGUAUGCUCAUUUUUCCUUUGUAGAGGAAAUUAAAUUAUGCGACCAUAAAUGGGGGAAGGGAGUGGGGGGGUGGCUCUUUGGUCUUCCUGUAUUAUUAACUUUCGCUCUUGGCCCACUCUGACCACAUUGCUGUGUGAUUCUGUCAGUUGGUUAAAUUGAGCCAGAACUCUGAAGCUCUACCAAUGAAUUGUUUAAAAAAGAGACACUUUUUGUAUUAAAAUUGCUUGCAGUUAUAAUAAAAAGACCCUGGCCUCUUA